GCCAGGGUCUGCGCCUGCACUGCCAGCCGCGUGUGAUCGGACAGCUCAGCCGGCUCUUCUUGUAUCCCGAGAGAAGAGGGAGGGCAGGACGGAUCCGGCCAGCCCCUGGGGCGGGGCGGCUUGGCAGACAACAGCCGAGCCCGACCGAGGAGCAGCUCGCAGCUGGAGGGAGCCGCACCGAGUCUGGCGACGCCGCGUCGAUGUCCAUGAGGAGUCCUGCCUCUCCUCAGCUGGAGCUCAAUGGAGCUGGGAACAUGGUGAACUGCACUGUUAAAACAGAAGAGAAAAACGAGAGCUUUUACCAGUCCACACAGGGAGAGGCAAUUAGCACAACGCCUGGUUCUGACAAGCCACACAAAUCACCACUACCACUGAGUGAAGGCAUCGAUCCCCAGACCCUCCCACAGGAAUCUGGAUCUCCAGCAGACAGGGCAUUAGAUUCCAGGAAACUUGCAUUUGAGCCAAUACUCAGCAACCAGGAAAAAUUGGAUUUCAAUAAGAACCUGAAAGAAGUUAUGCCGACCAUUGAGAAGUUACUGUCGAGUGACUGGAAGGAAAGGCUUCUGGGGAAGAGUCCUACAGAGUCGAAAGAGGUGAAAGGAACCCAAGAAAGCCUGGCAGAGAAGGAAUUGCAGCUGUUGGUCAUGAUUAACCAGCUGUCCACCCUGCGGGACCAGCUGUUGACAGCCCAUUCAGAGCAGAAGAACAUGGCAGCUAUGUUGUUUGAGAAACAGCAGCAACAAAUGGAGCUAGCCAGGCAGCAGCAGGAACAGAUUGCCAAGCAGCAGCAGCAGCUUAUCCAGCAGCAACACAAAAUCAACCUACUCCAGCAGCAGAUCCAGCAGGUCAACAUGCCCUAUGUCAUGAUUCCAGCCUUUCCUCCCAGCCACCAGCCUAUUCCUGUCACCUCUGACACUCAAAUGACACUUCCAAUACAGCCAAUCCCUUGUAAACCAGUGGAGUACCCCAUGCAGCUGCUGCACAGUCCACCUUCUUCAGCACUGAAGAGACCUGCCAGCUCAGGCCACCUGCAGAUUCAGGAAUCAUCACAGCCAUUGAACUUAACAGCUAAGCCCAAAGGCUCUGAGCUCCCCAAUGCUUCCUGUUCACCUGGCUUAAAGGUCAGCAACUGUCAAUCCCUCACUCCCAGCCAUAGAGUUUCUCGGGAGUUGCAGGCCAGUCCUCCCAGCCUGCCUUUGGGAUUUCUUGGAGAAGGUGAUGCUAUAACCAAAGCAAUCCAAGAUGCACGGCAGCUUCUGCAUAACCAAAGCAGAGCAAUGGAUGGCUCUCCAAAUCAUCCCUAUGGGAAGGACCAUGGUAACUUGGAUUCUUCUCCAGCAAAAGAGCAGAUGGAAGAAUCUUCUUUGCAGAGGCUAGAUGAGUCCAUGUUAACCUGUGAUGGGGAUGGCUCACGGCAUUUCCCUGAAUCCAGGAACAACAACCAUAUAAAGCGUCCCAUGAAUGCUUUCAUGGUGUGGGCCAAGGAUGAGAGACGCAAGAUUUUGCAGGCCUUCCCAGAUAUGCACAACUCAAGCAUCAGCAAGAUUCUAGGCUCCCGGUGGAAAUCAAUGUCGAACCAGGAGAAGCAACCCUACUAUGAGGAGCAGGCACGACUCAGCCGGCAGCACUUGGAGAAAUAUCCCAAUUACAAAUAUAAGCCCCGCCCCAAGCGCACCUGCAUUGUGGAAGGGAAGCGGCUCCGUGUUGGCGAGUACAAGGCACUGAUGAGGAACCGGCGCCAGGACACCAGGCAGGGCUACUUGAUUGCGCCCCAAGGGAACCAAGGGCUGCCUUCAUCCUCUGAUCUUAUGUAUCAGCGUUCAGUUGGGAUGCAGCUGGCCUCACCCCUAAUGGAUCACUACUUGUCCCGUGGUAUGGAGCCAGCCAUGCCUGUCAUAGUCAACACGCGCAGCCUGAAGCCAGAAGAAGGGGAUGGGGCUGAAGACAGCCAUUCGGCGCCUGAUGGUGAGAUGUACCACUACAGUGAAGAUGAGGAUUCCGAGGGGGAGGACAAGAGUGAUGGCGAGUUGGUGGUUCUCACAGACUAAGGCGGGUGACAUCAGCCUUUGCCCUCUUAACAGCAUAAAAUAAUUCACUUCUGGAAGGAAGGAGGCUGGGGGGAGGGGAGUUCUCAGGCACAGAGACGAGAGGAGGGGCGACCUGUUCCUGGGAGGGGCGACCACCAGGCCUGGCAGUUUGAUUUAAUCAUUUAUACAAAUGGACAUGGGAAGGAGAGGAAGAGGGGCUCCAGGAGGUUUAUUUCUGUUAAGGGGCAGAUCUUCUGUGCCCAGGAUGAAAGCACACGACUUUCCCAAAGAUUGGGACUCAAUGUAGGAACAAAUCUAUUAGUGACUCAGAGGGAAGCCAGGAGAAACAGACUAUCUCUGGAGGAACUUUCUGGCCUUCAGAGGGGUUUGAUGCCAGCAUUUGCGCUUUCAGAAGUGGAAGAGCCUGUUGCUUCGGAUCUCGGUUUCCCCAAAUGUUUGGUGCACAGCCAGCUGAAGAGAGCCCUCACCUGUUGGCAGCCUGGUCAGCUGCAUCACCCUGUAGUAGCCACACAGUCACCACCAUUCAGCUGGCCUCUCUGGGGGUUUUCAGCUGGCUGUAACCAAAUGUUUGGGUGGAACACUUGUUCACUGUUCAUUCCGGAUGUCGGCCAGUUCUGCCUCUCUCUCCCCUGUCACUUCACUUUGUCCUGUAUUUGUUUCUUUCUACUCCAAUUGGCCCUGCCAGUAAAUUCCCAUGGAGCCAUUUUUAGCUCUGGACUUCAAUGAAUAACAACGGAGGUCUCAGAGGGGCCCUCUUAUACCCUUGGCAGCUCAGGCCCAGUUUGUAAAAGAAACCGCUACCCAUUUCCCUCCUGCACUAGUUUCUUGCCAGUUCUCAAUGUACAAAGCAGGGAGAGGCUCCCUGCAGCAGCAACAGACAGCUAGCUAAGAGUCUUAAAGGACCUCUAGGUGAGGAGUUGAGAGGUCCUUUAUGUGGAGAUACCUACUAUGUGGUUCUCAUUAGUUUUGUGAAUCAGUGGUGGGUCUGUCAUCUUUGAAAAUUCAUUCUCCCUUUCCACACCCAGCUCAAGACAUUUUAGGUUUUGCUUGUGUAAAUUUCCUUGACUGCUUGCCAUACACAAGCCCUCCUGCAUGGGUGGGGUGUUUUGCAUCCCUCCCUGGUCUCCAGCAUUUCCACCCUUGCAGCUGCUCCGCUUAUGUGCCGCUUGAAUCAGCUGUAGUUAUAUGGCGAUGGUCUGAAUCAGCUGAAGGGACAAUGAACAGUCACAUGUAAAGAGGGGUGGUGUCUGAGGGUGGGAUCAUACAGAAAGUCAUGGAUUUUCAAUCAUAGAGGGGCCUUAUAAAAAUAUGUAUGUGCAUGCACAUUUGCAUUCAGCAGUAUCCCUCUCCCUACUUUGGGUUAAUCCUGGGAGCAUUUCCAGAGAUAGAAACUGUGCCCAUGAAGCAUAGUUUUUCUGCCUCCCCAUUCCUGUUGCAUCCUGACAUGCUCUCUUGGUGAUCCCAACUCCCUAGGAACAGCAUUUGAGGGACCUUUUGGGCUACAGUGGGAGGAGGGAGGGGAAAGGAUCAUGCUCUGCAGAUGGAAAUCCUUCCACCUGCAGAAAUGCUGCAUUGGAUUUCAGCCUCUGUCUUUAAUAGUAUAUUUUGUCAUAUCUAGGUGGGCCCUCUGAACAUUUAAAUUGUCCUUUGACAACAUCCUAGUGAAAUGAUCAUAACAAGUAGGUUUAGAAGUCUCUAUGUGGAAGGCUUGCACUCUCUGCUGGCAGAAGGUGGAAUUACACCAAGGAGACAAACGAGUGUACUGACUUGGGCCUUUUUCGUACAAGUCACUUAGAACGUUUCCAGAACAUUCCCCCACCCCCUUUACCAAGAUAUUUCUCCGCACUCAUCUUCUCCAAAUGUUUCAUGGCUGCUGUAAUUUUUUUUGCUUAUUAGUUGACACAAUGCUUGGUUGAUCCAUUGAUUCAAUGCUUUGUAGAGCUUUUAAUCAAUACUUUGUUGAUCCACCCAAACUCGCACAUGAAAUGAUGAAAAUGAAGAGGUGAGGGGUGGAAAGGAGUGAGAUGAAGGGCACAAAAAAAAUUAGCAGACCAGGUGCCAAGGGGAGAAUUGGGCGAAAGCUUAAAGGUGUUGAAAACAGCCAGGCUUUUCGGCAGGAAAGAUAAAAUGUUUCACGUUUAACUGCACUGCGAGGGAAGCCAGCUUGGAAAAAUUUCAAAAAAUACACUGUAGCAUUUUCAAAAAGAAUGGAUAAAGGUGUUAUUUGGAAACUUUUCCAAAACCAAUAGGGGGUGGGGGAACAAUUUGGAAAUCCACAGAGGAAACUUUUUCUGGGUUGGAAUCAUCAUAAAUGGAGUGUGCGGAAAGGGCCUUGCACUCAGAAUUGGGAAGAGGGACAGUGGGGAAAAUCAGAGGCGUAGCUUUUUGCCCCCCCCCUCCCUUUAGAAAAUCGAGCAGGCUGGAUUGGAGGCCUGUUCUCUAACCUGUUCAGUUUUCUAAAGUAAGUGGGGGGGGGCGCUAUGGGGGGGCGGGGGAAAGAGGGAGGGGCCGGGGGAUUUUGUGCCCCCCCACGUGACCCAAAUUUGUGCGCCUGGUGCGUCGCGCACCCCCAUCCCCUGGGAGCUUCGCCGCUGUAUAAAAUUCAUACAAUUCCUGCAUUAAUGUACACACACACAAGCUACGUUGUUUAUUGGCAAGUGAACCCAUCUGGAAUUGGAUAGGAACUGAAAUGGAAGGAAUAAGAUGGAGGUAAAAGCCCCAAGAUGUGGAGUGGUAAACUACAGUACUGCAGUACUGUUCACCACCAUCCCAACAGAAGUUGGUUUCAGGGAGCCAGCCCAGGGUUGACUCAGCCUUCCAUUCUUCUGAGGUGUAGACAACUGGGGAGGGCAAUAGCAAACCACCCUGUAAACAUAAUCUGUCUAGUAAACGUAGUGAUGUGACAUCAUCCCAUGGGUCAAUAAUAACCCAGUUCUUUGAAAAUGACAGGGUGCUUCUUAAUUGCCUUCAUCACAACUGCCGAACACCCUGACCUUUCUGCAUUGAUUUUCUCGUCCUGUCAACUGCUUCUGCGUCCUGUGACGCGUUUACAUAUUUCUUUGUAGCUCUCCAGCAACUUGUCAUUCCCCAACUCUCAUCUGUACUGAGAGCAAGGCAAGUUCCACAGUUGGUUUCCUUUGAAAUAGCUGGCAUGCAGGCUCCAAUUCAGAUACAGAUUGUGGCACGGGUGGGGGAGGGGGCUUCCCUCUGAUCUACUUUCUGUUCAAAUUCACUCAGUAGGGCUGCAGAUUAUUUGCCCUAGUAGUGCAACAAAUAUCAGCCCAGUGCAACUGUCUGGAGCUGGAAAAAUAGUAUGGGGAAAACUUAAAUGUGUGCGUCACAAUCCUGAUCUGAAUGUGGAUCCUGUGAUCAGCUAUUUGAAAACAAUCAAUGUGAAAAUCCCAUAUGUGGAACUUUCCAGCAUAUUGUCUGCCUGGGCUCGAAGACAAGCUCACUGGAGUGAAGAAUGCAGGGGGCAGGUAGUACCAAAGGGGUUGUUGGACAAAUUUAUGGGGAAGAAGUGAGACCCUUUCUUGGAUGGGUGGAAGCAUCCCAGGAAAGGGCCAAUUUUGUCCCUUCCCUUUUUUCUCCCACAGGCUUGUUUGUCCUCCAUGCUCUUCCCUCCCUUCUACCAGAGUGCUCUGGCAAGGGGCUGCUGUUGUUCUUUUUAAAAUGUCUG